GUGUAGUAUAGUGAUCCCAGCAUGGGCAGUGCAUUGUCGCAUUUACAGUAUAUAUAAUUAUAAUAUGUGAAGCGUGUUCUCCGAUUAAAACUCGAGCCGUUUAUUAAUUAUUUAAGUUAGAUCCAAUAGUUCGAUGAGUGUGAUUCGCGGCAACUUCAAUUGUAUACAGAAUUCGGCGCACGCGUCUUUCACCGGGACCCCGGCGGCCUGCUCCAACCUUAGAAACUGGCGGUGAUCGGUUCGGGAAGAUAUCUUAAUUAAGAAAAUCGCAAUUAACGAGAGGAGAACACUGGAAAUCAGAACGAAAAUCUAACUCAUUAUCUCGUACACGGUUGGAGUUAAAUGGCACAUCCGCUGAACGAUCAGAUCUACACUAAAUCGUUCACGCCCAGGGAGUAUCAGGUCGAGUUAUUCUAUGCCGCGAGGAAUAGGGACAUCAUCGUCUGUCUGGGUAAAAACUCUGAGCAGACAUUUCUAGUCAUCAAAGUGAUACAGGAAUUUGCCACAAACAACCGAAGAGCUUUAAGCAAAGGAGGCAAAAGGUCUGUGUAUAUAUUAAAGAACCAGGAAAAAUGCAUAACCAAGGAGACAUACAUUCGUCAGUUGACCGACUUGAGGCCUCUGCUCUGCGAAGGUUCUUGUUCAGAAAACGAGUUCGCAGAAAGACUUGAAACAUCCCAUGUAUUAUUAACGACGUCAAAGGCCUGUGCGCAGCUAUUGAGGGAAGAGAAACUGUGCCCGAGACAGAUAAACUUGGUGAUCGUGGACGAGUGUCAUAAAUUCAUAAUUGAUGAUGAUCUGAAUUACAUCAUUCGGUCUGUCGUUCGCGUGGAGGGAUCCGAAAAGGCGAGAGUGAUCGGUUUAGCCGUGCCACUGUUCAGUUUGACGCACGAGCCUGGGAGAUUGGAAUCGGAGCUGGACAAGGUAGAGGCGACCCUCGAGUGCCAAGUGGAGACUGCUAGCGAUAUACUGUCCAUACUAAGGUACAGCCCGAAACCGAGGGAAUACGUGAUCGAACACUCUGGCAGUCCAGCGGCGUCGGAUCUACAGUUGUCGAUCAAUUUAGAGAUCGUUAGAGCCGUAGAAUUCCUGACUGACCAUCGCCACGACCCAACAGAGAUCUACACGAACGAGGAGUUCCUCGAGGACAUCCAACGUAUCCCGGAUCCGAAGGAGAAACCCUUCGAAAUGCUUCGCGACUUGCUGGAGAUUCUCGAGUCCCUCGGGCCUUGGUGCGCCGAUCGGGCUGCUUUGUCCCUAUUGUAUUUAACAGAGAAACUGAAAGUUAAAACUCCUUACGAGAGACAUUACCUACUGUUGAACAUGAUAUCUUCCGUCUUAGUGAAAAUCCGUGCGAUCUGUGACAGUUACUUUUCAGAGUUAAACGAGAGGGAGAGGAUUUACAAGUUCACCAGCCCAAAAGUGCACAGGAUAUUAGAGAUUCUCAAGUGUUACCAGAAACAGAAGGUCGUCAAGUCGUCGGAGGAUCAAAGGAAAACCGCGAACGAUAACAAGGAUAAACGAGUUGACGAGGGAGCGCAACGAAACGAGAGUACAAAUGAAGUAGCGAGUGAAACGGUGAAGAAGCAAACGAGGAGCGAGGAGUUUCAAAGCAGGAGAGAGAAGAGGAGCCAGAGGCAGAGACUGACCGAUCCGGACUUGCUCUGCGGGGUAAUCUUCGUGGACAAACCGUUUGUAGCCAAAGUAUUGUUCUACCUGUUGAACGAGGUUUCGAAUCAGGACGAGAAGCUCAGUUUCCUCUCGCCUCUGUACACGAUCGAGAGGACCGAGGGCGAUCCGAUUUAUUCGAAAGACGUCGAGCUGGAGCACAGAAAGCAGGAGGAGGUGUUGAAGCGGUUCAGGAUCCACGAGUGCAACCUGUUGAUAUCCACCGCGGUGCUCGAGGAAGGUAUCGACAUUCCUAAGUGCAAUUUCGUUAUGAGAUACGACUUCCCGAAGACGUAUCAGUCUUACGUCCAGUGCAAGAGCAGGGCGAGGGCCGUGGACGCGGUGCACGUGCUGCUGGUGCCCAAGGAGAGCUCCGAGGAGAUCGUUCGCCAGUUGGCGCAGUACCGGUACACAGAAAAAACGUUGUUGGCCAAGUGCUCGAACAACGAGCCGACGGAGGAGGAGGAGAACGAGGCAGACAGUUACGCGGAUCUGAUACCCUGCUACAAGCCACUGGAAGCCGAAGACGCGGCCAAGGUGACGUUCAAUUCGGCCAUAUCGCUCGUGAACCGGUACUGCGCGAAGCUGCCCAGUGACACAUUUACUCGGCUAACGCCGGAGUGGUCGAUCGACAAUCAAACAAUCGGGGAUAGUACCCUCUACACCUGUUCCCUACGGCUUCCGAUCAAUUCACCGUUGAAAUAUAUCGUUACGUCGUACCCGAUGCCGAAUCGGGCGAUGGCCAGGCGGAUGGCAGCGUUACAACUCUGUGUCGAUCUUCACAAGAGGAACGAGAUCGACGACAACCUCCUGCCGAUCGGCAAGGAGAAUUUCAAGGCGAAGCCGGAAGAUGUGGAAGUGCCGGCGCUUCCGGACGAGAGCAGAGUGGACCUCGCCGAGGCCAGGCCGGGCACGACGAAACGUAGACAGUAUUAUUACAAGAAAACCGCCGAGGCGUUGACUGACUGCAGGCCCCGCGUCGGCGUUCCCACAUACCUCUAUCAUAUAAACAUGGUCCUCAGCUGUCCGUUGCCUGAGGAGCAGAACACCAGAGGCAGGCGGAUCUAUCCUCCCGAAGAGUCGGCCAUCGGCUUCGGAAUAAUCACCCUCAAAGAGAUACCGAAGCUCUGUCCGUUUCCCAUCUACACGCGAUCCGGCGAGGUCCGCGUUAAGUUGAAGCUGAGCAAACGUCCUGUGCUGAUCGACGAGACACGGAUCGAAAAGAUUGCCGUCUUCCUCAAUUACACGUUCACCAACGUGCUCAGAUUACAGCAGUACCUGAUGCUGUUCGACGACCCGAAUACCUCAGAGAACUCUUACAUGAUAGUCCCGGUGAAACUGGAUACCGGAGAAGACGGCGGCGGCGGUGGUGACGAUGACGACGUGACGGUAGAUUGGGAUUUUCUCGAGUGCAUUUAUGAGAAUCGAAACACGGUGCCGACCAAGGUCCCGGAGUCAGUCAGGAGGAAUUUUCAAUUCGAUCCGGGCAAAUACCACGACGCGGUGAUCAUGCCUUGGUACAGGAGCCAGGACCAGCCUCAGUAUUUCUACGUCGCCGAGAUCUGCACGAAUCUGAAUCCGAAGUCGACGUUUCCCGGCGAGGACUACGCCACGUUCGAGGAGUAUUACUCGAAGAAGUAUGGUAUACAGAUACAGAACCUGGAUCAGCCCCUGCUGGACGUCGAUCACACGUCGGCUAGAUUGAACUUCCUGACGCCUAGGUACGUGAACAGGAAGGGCGUCGCACUGCCGACGAGUAGCGAGGAGACCAAGCGUGCGAAGCGGGAGAAUCUCGAGCAGAAGCAGAUACUCGUGGCCGAGCUGUGCUCGAUACACCCUUUCCCAGCGUCCCUGUGGCGGCAAGCUGUCUGCCUCCCUUGCAUCUUGUACAGGAUCAACGCAUUGUUGCUGGCUGAUCAGAUCCGCUGCCAAGUGGCACGGGCGAUAAAUCUCGGACAGGAAGAUCUUGAGGCUGGCUUCGAGUGGCCGCCGUUGGACUUCGGCUGGAGCCUAAAAGAGGUCCUGAAGCGAGCCAAAGAAUCAGAGAGGAGUAAGGGAGCAGCCGCGAAGCUGAACGAGGCGAAUUGCAAAAGCCUGACGAUCCCCGGAUCCCGGAUGCAAAGGACGAACGACGAAUCGGGGACGAGGAACAGCAUUGCCUCGAAGAAUUUGUCGAGCGUAGAUUGGCUGGCGUCCGAGAAUCCGGGCACGAUUUUGAGUUUGCCCGAACCUCUGAGGAUCGAUGAGUUUUCAUUGAAGAUCGAUGACUUUUCGUGCAACAACAACAACUCGGAGCGCGUCGGGUUUCGUUCCCUGAAAUCCACCGAGUCGGUGAAGAUUGACGAGAUACGAGAGGACGACGACGACGACGGAGGAGAGGAGUUCGAUAAGCAUCGAACGAAUCGAGAAGAGUAUAAUUCGGAUCUGGAGAUAGGCACGUGGUCCAGUGAGCUGAUAACGGAGCUGCCCUCGGACUUCGAUUCGGGAGCCGCGUUUCCGGUGAAUUUCACGACCCUUCCAUCGGGAAUCGACUUCUCUUACGUCCGUUCCGUUUCUCCGAAUUUCGAUUCGGACCUGAGCACCUCCUCAAACGAGGACUACUACUUCUACUCGAGCAGCGACUCCAGUUACGAGAACGACGAGAGCGAGAACGAGGACGACAUCGUUGGUAAGAAUAGAUUCAAGAUAGCUUACACUUCUGAUAAUGUGGCGGAGGCCGUCGAAGAUGAGAAGAGAGAAAUGAGUAGAAAGAAAGCCAUCAUGGACAUGCUCGAUUCCGAAUUGAAGCCCGAGGACAUGCUCUGGCCUUUGGAUGAUGACGACGGUUCCUCCUACGAGGAAUAUAGGAAAAACCAUUUGGAGUGCUCCAAGUUGGAAGAGGCUUGCAUCCUUCGAAGCGGUGCCUUCGUCCCGUUCGACGUCGCCGUUAAUAUCAAGAGGAGGCAGCCUCUCAAUGACCCCGCCGUUUUUAAUGAAUCGAAGUCGAUCGACAAUAAGGACGACACGAACAAUUUAAAUGGAAUCGAUUCGAAUGAUGAUGUGAAGAAUGAUUCGAAGGACGAUUCGAAGGACGAUUCGAAAAUGAGACUACGACGACGACGACACGUUUCUUACGUACGAAGCGUGGUGGAGAGAUUCGAAAGUGACUCAAGGAAGGUUCCGGGGGACGAGGAGAGAAGGCGUGAAGUCGGAGAUAAGAGUUCGGAGAAUCCGCGAUGUUACCAAGGAGAGAAUCUGUUCAGCUUCGAUCAUCAGCCGGAGCUGGAAAAUCACCCGGGGCCGAGUCCCAGUUUGAUUCUACAGGCAUUGACCAUGUCCAACGCGAACGACGGGAUCAAUUUGGAGAGGCUCGAGACUAUCGGAGAUUCGUUCCUCAAGUACGCGAUUACUACGUACUUGUAUUGCACCUACGAGAACAUUCACGAGGGGAAGCUGAGUCAUCUCAGGUCGAAACAGGUGAGCAACUUGAACCUGUACAGGCUGGGCCGACGAAAGUGUUUGGGGGAGAGCAUGAUCGCGACCAAAUUCGAGCCUCACGACAAUUGGUUACCGCCCUGCUACUACGUGCCAAAGGAAUUAGAGCAAGCCCUUAUUGAAUCCGGUGUGGUCCCCUCGUCGACGUGGGCCGGCCACGACUUCCAGAUCGUUCAACGGAACGAUGACGGUGCCGACGACGAAUUAACGAAGAACGACGAAGAGCGGGAAGCGACAGCAAGUAAUCCCAGCAAGGAGGCUGCCGGGAUUGCUAGUAAAGCCCUGACGGAGAUAGUGAGGCGAACGGAACUGCGACUGGAGUCGAUGAGAUCGGAGGCGGACGCCGCAGCGGAUCCUGCCGCUGUCACUUGUUUCAUUCCGUACAACCUGAUAACUCAGCACAGCAUCCCGGACAAGAGCAUCGCGGACUGCGUCGAGGCGCUAAUCGGUGCUUACCUUAUCGCCUGCGGUCCCAGAGGAGCUCUGCUCUUCAUGGCUUGGCUGGGAAUUCACGUGCUGCCAACGGAAGAGGUCACACUCGUCCAGGAACGCGAACCGGAGGACAGAAUUCCCGGGAGCACUCCCUACGCGAGAGGCGUCGACAGCAACGGUCAAACCACUUGGACCCAGAUGCGGUACGGGAGAUUGGGGGAGCCGCAGAAUCCUCUUCUGCAUCAUACCGCCGAGCCCGAGGAAGAGUUGAGCCGGAUGCUGGACGGAUACGAGGAUCUCGAGAAAAACAUCGGGUACAAGUUCCGCGAUAUGAGUUACCUGCUUCAGGCGUUCACCCACGCUUCCUACCAGCCGAACAGGCUCACGGAUUGCUACCAGAGGCUCGAGUUUCUAGGAGACGCUGUUCUAGAUUAUUUGAUAACGAGGCAUCUCUACGAAGACUCGAGGCAACACUCACCGGGUGCGCUUACUGAUCUACGCUCGGCGCUGGUCAACAACACGAUAUUCGCCUCGCUGGCGGUGAGGUGCGGGUUCCACAAAUAUUUCAGGCAUCUCUCGCCGGGCCUCUGCGUCGUGAUAAACCGUUUCGUCAGGAUACAAGAGGAGAACGGGCAUUCGAUCAGCGAAGAGUACUAUUUGAUCGGCGACGAGGAAUGCGAGGAAGCCGAAGAUGUUGAAGUGCCGAAAGCUCUCGGAGACGUUUUCGAGUCCCUGGCUGGUGCGAUUUACUUAGACAGCGGCAUGUCUCUCGACGCUGUUUGGAGCGUCUACUACGCUAUCAUGAAAAACGAAAUCGAACAAUUCAGCACGAACGUGCCCAAGUCUCCAAUCAGGGAGCUGUUGGAAUUGGAGCCGGAGACGGCCAAGUUCGGGAAGCCGGAGAAGCUGGCUGACGGCAGACGAGUUCGAGUGACCGUCGACGUGUUCGGAAAAGGAUCGUUCAAGGGGAUCGGCAGGAAUUAUCGAAUAGCCAAGUGUACCGCGGCCAAAUGCGCCCUGAAGAAGCUGAAACGUUCUCAGAACAGUUAUCACAAAGAGAAACUUUGAUACGAUCGAUACGAUCGAACGAAAACUUCGAACCAUUAGACAAAUUUUCUCGCUCUAAUCCAUUCCUAAUGAUUACACGUUUUCUAUUGUAGGUAUUGUACAAUUACAAAUUCCAUCGACGAACCGGUCGACAGAUCAUCGGCAUUUUAUUAAUAUUAGAGAAAAGACAAGUUCCUUUAGAGAAGACUUCUUGUGCGAAUCGUUAUUUAAACCUGGGCGAACACAUCUUUUUAUACACGUAUCGAUAUAUCGUUAAUUGUAUCAUAACGUUGUAAUAUAAAUACACUACAAAUGCGAGAGUGAAUGCAAGCCUCGUUUCGUUUAUCUUCUACUGGCUAGUCAUUUAAUUGUAUCAAUUAAAUCCGUGAAGAUAUGUUAAUGAAACAAUGCAGGCACUUAGAUAGGACCCUUCUCAAGGUUCCUUAUAAAUAUCACCAAAUUCUCCUCAUUAGAACCAAAGUUAUUGCAAUUUUAAUUGCAGACUUCUGAUCAGAAAUUAAAUAACUGUUAUACUACUUGUUCGUUUCAUUACUAUUAACGAACCGGAUAAGGUAUUUUAAUAAAACUUGAGAGGCACUUAAAUGGGAGCCUUCUGAAGGUUCCUUAUAAAUUUCAUCGAAUUUUCUGUAUCAAAGCCAAAGUUAUUACAAUUUUGAUUAAAGAGUUCCAAUACAAAACUGAA